GGCACCAACGUCGUGAUUCCUAAUGGUGCGCUCGACCCAUGGAGUUUGGUGAGCAAACUGACAUCAAAGGAUCCCACAGUUGUUCCGUAUCUCGUUCCGAAUAGUGCUCAUUGCGACGAUAUGUUCCCACUCGAACCUCGCAACCCACCAGAAAUGAAAGUGCUUCACCAGCUAAUCGCUCAAAAUAUCGACAAUUGGAUUUCUAAUGUUCCCAGCCCAUACUAUCGUAAAGUCGAAGAGCCGUGGAAGCCCUGGGUGGGACCGGAAAUGAAACAUCCUUUGGAAGGAAUGGAAAACGCUUUCAUACCUGCAGGACAGCAUUUGUCCCGGGCUUCUCUUGCAAAGAUGUCCCCUGAACAGAGCAGAAUACUACGAAGAGUCCACUUGGGAAGGCCUCCUCACGGAAUGCUCCCGGAGCCGGAUAUG